AUGACCGAUAUACCUCCGAAUUCUCCAAUCGAUAUACGUGCACUCGCUCUCUAUGAUAUUCACCAAUGGAAAACUACAGAUAAAUCGUAUAAGAAUUACGAGAAAUUGUGUGAAGUAUUGGGAAAAGAAGCGAUUUCUUAUGAUGAAUAUGAGUCUCUGUUCAAUAAAUUUCUUGAAGAAAACUAUUAUUCUACUAAAGACGGAAGAGGUCUCCCGAUUCCAGACAUUCGUGGAUGCAUUCUUUCUGAUGUCAUCAAUGGAAAAAUUGCUGAAAAAUCAAUUGAUGAUUUGUCUGAAGCGUUCAAAAAACAAAAAGUCGAUACUGAAGAUCAUGGCUAUUGGUACAAACGAUUUCGCAGCGGACACUUCAGUCAAGUUACAUUCUCCGAUUUCCCAGAAGACGUCAUCGCUGAAAUUGUUGAGAAAUGUGAUAUCAAGUCAUAUUUGAAUCUCCGAAACGUUUCAUAUGGACUUCGAACCGUCGUAGAUCAGCUGGUGCCUCCUUGCACUGAUAUUAAAGUGACUUGUCGAAAUGAGCGGGUGCACGUCCAUAUAUAUGAUGCACGUAUCGCAGACUCCAAAUGUUUUGAUAUAUUGAAACUUUUGCUGAAAAAUCCGAAACUCCUAUUGAAAUGCUUUUAUUUUAUCGCGAAUUCAUAUUUUCGAGUGACUGAAAUCCUACCUGGAAACCAUAAACAAGACUUCUUCGAUUUCCUCAACUCAUUGGAUCACAAAAUUCACGUUGAAAAAUGUGUGAUGUGGGGGGAAUACGAGAAAGAUUUGAUCGGAGUUUUGAAAUGUUUGAAGUCUGGAACACUUGAAAAACUGGAUAUCGAUUCAGGAUUUUCGAUGGAUGAAAUUAACGAGGUCGUGAGUAUGAAUCAAUGGAACCUGGCGAAACACUUGAAAAUCAUCACCUCUGAAUUGCCUUCGAUCGAGAAUUUUUUCCAUUUUUCAACUUUCGAAUUGGGAAUUGGGAAAGAAUCGAUUGCUCUAGAAGAUAUGGUCAAGCUAUGCGAAAAUGCAUCCAAAUCGAUCAAUUUCGAAUCGUUUACUCUGAAAACUAAGAACGAUAUAGAUACAGAAGAAAUCAAGAGAGUUCUGAACCUCCAGCCAACUUCCUCUCGUUGUUUUUACUCAAUUCCAAAUACAAAUUUGAUCGGAAAAAUGUCUAAAACUCCAGCAUUGAGUAUUUACGAGUCGACAUUCGCACAAUCUGACAAAACUGAUGUAAUUCUGAUUGUUGAGGGAAAGAAGUUGCGUGUUAGCAAAACGGUCCUCUCAUUCCAUUCCGACUACUUCGACGCCCUUUUCAAUGCAGAUUUCAUGGAAAUAUCGAUGCCGGAAAUUUCGAUCGAAGAUGUCAAUUUCGAAGAUUUCGCCGCUGUUUUGAGUCUGAUUCUCAAAAAUCCCAUCUCUCCGACAGAAGAAAACGCCGAGAAACUUCUUGAACUCUCCGAUCGAUUUUUGCUUCCCGCUGCUAAACGCCACGUGGAAUUUUUCUUAAUUUCUGUGGGAUUUGGUGCUUACAAAAAACUGGAACUUGCAUCGAGAUACGAUUCGGAUACUCUUCUCACCCAUGCUCUGGAACUAUUCAAAACGAAAGAAGAACUUGUUCCGAAGGAAGAAUUCUCUGGAUUUUCAGAGAAAGUGAAAGCGAAAAUUUUGGAUCGUUUAAUUGAAUUGAAUAAACCGAAAUUAAGUGUACCUACUGGUUUGGGAUCAGGACUUGGAUUAGUCGGUAGAUUGAAUCCAUCGAUGUCUUCUAAAUCGACGCGUCCACUUUUGAAGUUUCCAAUCGAUAUUCGUGCACAUGUUCUCUAUGACGCUUAUCAACGUAUUUCUAAUGAAAAAUCAUAUAAAAACUAUGAAAAAUUGUGCAUAAAAUUUGGAAAACAAGCGAUUUCAUUUGAAGAAUAUGAGUCUCUGUUUAAUCAAUACCUCGAAGUAGAUGAACGAGAGCUCCCAGACAUUCGUGGAUGCAUUUUAUCUGAUGUUACCAAUGGAAAAUCAGCUGAAAAAUCUAUUGAUGACUUGUGUGAUGCAUUCAAAAAUCAUAAAAUCGAUAAGGAAGAUCAUGGCUAUUGGUACAAAAGAUUUGAAAACGGACAGUCAUUCACUCGUGUUACAUUUUCCAAUUUCCCAGAAGACGUGAUCUCUGAAAUUGUUGAGAGAUGUGAUAUGAAGUCGUAUUUGAAUCUCCGCAAAGUUUCACAUGCACUUCGAGCCAUCGUAGAUCACCUGGCGCCUCCGUGCACUGUUAUUGGAGUGAAAUGUGGACAUUGCUGGAUAAAAGUCUCUGUAGAUGAUACAGUUAUAGCUGACUCCCUUUAUUUCGAAAAAACCAAAUCAAAGCUGCCAUUGGGUUUGAUUGAAAAACUAUCGCCUAAAACAGUAGAACUUUUGUUGAGAAAUCCGAAACUCCGACUGAAAUCCUUCGAGAUUGUUCCAUAUCCAUAUGUUCAAAGUACCUGGAUGAAGACUAGAACCGGAAUCGUAAUCCCACCUCUAAACCACAAAAAACGCUUCUUCGAUUUACUUAACUCAUUGGAUCACAAAAUUCACGCGGAGAAAUGUGUGAUUAAAGUGGAUAACGAAAAGGAAGUGAUCAAAGUUUUGCAAUGUUUCAAGCCGGGAACACUGAAGGAACUCGAAAUUAGUACAGGAAUUUCGAUGGAUGGAAUUACCGAAGUCGUUAAAAUGGAUCAAUGGAAACUGGCGAAACACCUGAAAAUGAACACCUUUGUGUUGCCUUCGAUCGAGAAUUUCUUCCAUUUUCCAUCUUUCGAAUUGGGAUUCCCUCCGAUUACUCUAGAAGAUAUGGUCAAGCUAUGCGAAAAUGCCUCCAUAUCGAACACCUUUGAACAUUGCAAAGUCAUAAUUCAAGGAAUAUUUGAGUUGGAAACGAUCAAGAGAGCUCUGAACCUUCAGCCAACUUCCACUGAACAGAGUUUUUCAAUUCCAAAUACAAAUUUGAUCGUUCAGUACUUAUCCAAAGUCAUGCUUUCACGUGUUUUCAAAAUCUACAAAAAUUAA